ACCAUGGAAAACCACACCAAGGUAACUGAGUUCAUUUUGGCUGGGUUCAAAUCUCCUCCAGGAUUGCAAGUCCUCCUUUCUGUUCUCUUCUCAACAAUGUAUGUUAUCACAGUGGUAGGAAAUUCUGGUAUGAUACUCAUCAUUAGAAUGGACUCCAAGCUGCACACUCCUAUGUAUUUUUUCCUAGAGAACUUGUCUGUCUUGGAUAUUUGCUAUUCCUCUGUCAUUACCCCUAAAGCAGCAUUGACAUUCUCACUGGGCAGAAGAAUCAUUUCCUACAAUGGCUGUGCUUCUCAGAUGUUCUUCUUCUCUCUCUUUGGCACAACGGAAGCCUUCUUCCUUGCUGUGAUGGCUUAUGAUCGCUUUUAUGCCAUCUGCAACCCACUGCUAUACCAAGUCACUAUGAAUAAAAGACUUUGUGUUGGUAUGCUCGUGGGUUCUUAUCUGUCAGGCUGCAUUAACUGCACCAUCCAGACAGGCUUUACGUUCAGCUUGUCCUUUUGUGGGCCCAAAGGAAUAAACCACUUCUGUGAUGUUCCUGCAGUGAUGCAUGUCUCCUGUUCAGACACAUUUUUCAAUGAAAUAAUAAUGCUCAGUGUAUGUGGAUCUAUUAUUGUGAGCACUGCCUUGGUGGGUUUUAUCUCCUAUGGUUAUAUAAUUACCACCGUUGUCCAAAUGCCUUCAGCUAAGAGCAGGCGCAAGGCCUUCUCCGCUUGCUCUUCCCACAUACUGGCUGUUAGCUUGUUCUUUGGAACUGUCUUUUUCAUGUAUGCUCAGCCUGGGGGCACAUCCUCACCAUACAAAAGCAAUAUCAUUUCUAUCCUCUAUACUGCUGUUAUUCCCAUGCUAAACCCUUUCAUCUACACCCUACGAAAUAAGGAGGUAAAAGGGGCUCUGAAAAAAUUGUUAAAAAAGAAAGGCUUUUCUUAG